AUGAGCUCUAGACCAACUCUCGAGUCCAUCAAACGGAUAUCAACAGCGGAAGAGCUCCGCGGUGCCAUGUCUCAUGUGUUCCAGGAUGCACAAUUGAGUCUAUCUGGGCAUCGGAAGCUAGUAGUAGUACUUAAGAACAUUUUUGACAGAUCGAUAGAGUUGAACCAAGAAGAGUUUUUUGCUUUAUACUUCACCAAGUUGAUCAAUAAGAUCCUUCCGUUGAAGAAAGGCGAGAAGGCGGCGGAUCGAAUCGCCAAGUUUUGUUCAGCUUUUGUAUUUAGUUUGACAAAUGAUGAUAUAUUAAGGAAAGAAGAAGAAAAGAAGAAAUCACAACUAGAUGAGAACGUUGAUGAGAAUGCCGAUGACAAUGCAGAAGACGAAGAUAACCCAGACGAAGAAGACACUUACUCGACGUUGUUUAUCCAGUAUCUUAUCCAUCACUUAUUGAGAGGCAUAGAAGCCAGGGACAAGAGCGUGCGAUACAGAGUUGUUCAAUUGUUAGCGUAUUUGGUUCACCACAUCGGAGAAAUCAACAGAGAUUCGUUUGAAGCAUUAUAUACCUCCCUUAUGAAGAGAUUGAAUGACAAGGAACCUAUUGUACGAAUCCAGGCCAUAGUGGCAAUCUCAAAGUUUCAAGACUUCAACUUGGAUGGGUUUGAGUAUACUUCCAACACCAGAAUCGGAUCAGAAAAUGUUAGGGACCUGCUUAUGAACUCUCUUGUAACCGAUGAGAAUGCCGAGGUGAGAAGAGCUGCUCUUUUGAACCUUUCCAAGGAUCAAAACACGAUUGGUGCAAUAAUAGAGCGUGCAAGUGACACCAAUAUGAUCAACAGGAGACUUGUCUAUUCCAGAAUAGUGCGCGAAAUCGGAAAUAUCGGAAAGCUUGACUUUGAGUUGCGUGACUUCCUCUUGAGAUGGGGUCUCAACGAUCGAGAUGGCUCUGUUCAAGCUGCUGCAGUAAAGAUGUUAAGUACCUACUGGUUUGAAGCAGAAGGUAAAGAGUUGCUUAACUUGAUUUCACAAUUGAGGGUGACUGAAAGCGAUAUAGCUGCUACUGCUGUAUUCAAGUUCUUCCAGGCUCAGCCAGACGAAUUGGCGAAAAUAGUAAUUGAUGAUUCCUAUUGGAAGGAAUUAGAUGUCAACAAGGCAUUUCUCUUGCGCACAUUUUAUGAGCACUGUAACGAAAACAAUCUCUAUGACCUUAUUGACGCCAACUUCCCGGAAUCUAUCGAGUUAGCAAAUAUUCUUGAAAAGUAUCUACGUGUGAGAGUUAACAAUUUCUACAUGGACAAUGCUACCACCAAUGCAUACGAUUUACAGAAGGAGAAGUUGGAAGCUAAGUACGACGAGCAUUUUGAAGAACACGACCAAUUGAAAGAGGCUGUUUACGAUUGCGAAGUUAAGCACAAACAACUUCAUGCUCGCUAUUUGCAAUUGGUAGAAGAGACUAAUGAGCUUAACGAAGGGUUUAAGGAAAAGGACGAAUUCUACGAAAACGAUUUGACAGACUUAGAGUUCAUUAUUGAGCAAUUAUUAGAAGUUGCUAAAGAAUUCGAUUUUAGUGAUGAGAUCGGACGUCGUAAGAUGCUACAGAUAAUCCGUAAGUCGCUUACCGAAGACAGACUAACUGAUAAACUUGUAUCUGUGGCUUUGAAGGUGUUGAGAAAGAUUUCUAUAAACGAGAAGGAUUUCAUUUCCAUGUCUGCGGAAAUCAUCACCGAUAUCAGGGAUUCGUUCGAAACAGAAGAAGAAUUCCACUCUGCCAUAUCUGGGUUUGCAGAGGAUGACGAUGAAGAUGAAGAUGAGGAUGAAGACGAGGACGACGAUAACUCCAAGUCAAAGAAACGUAAAGUCCAACCUCGUUUACCACCAGAUGAUAUCGUAAUUAGAUGUUUAAUAGUCACUCAGCAUGCUUUAGAAUUAGUCGAAGAGCCAUCAGACAAUCAUGUCUCGCUUGGUUCGAUCUAUUCUGGAUUGGUCAACUAUGCUAUCAAUUGCAAGGAAAAGCACAAGUUACAUUUACUCGGUUUGACGUGUUUGGGAUUGUUCUCUCUUAUCGAUAAAAACACAGCUAAGGAUGCUAUCGAAACUUUUUACUACGAAAUGAGACUGUCAGGAGAAGAAGUGAGGAUAAUUGGAAUGAAAGCCAUUGUCGAUAUUCUCUCCAAGUACGGGGCUUCCAUUAUAGCACCUAGCAACUGGUUCAUGUACGCUAGAUUGUUUUACAAGUCGCUCACUUCUUUCAAGAUGCCCAAACUACAAUGUAUUGUAGCGGAAGGGUUGUGCAAACUUUUCUUGGCUGACAUCUUCAAUAGUACACAAUCUCCAGAUGGUUCAGAAGAAUCCUCAGAAUACGAAAGUGAAAAGCAGCUAUUUGAGGCUAUUAUCCUCAGUUACUUCCAUCCUUUGACUGUGAACAACGAUGAAUUGCGUCAGAUAUUGGCUUUCUGUAUUCCCGUGUAUUCAUUCAGUCAUCCUCAACACCAGUUGCGUUUGGCUACAGUGAGUGGAGAUUGUAUUUACAGGAUGUUUAACGACCAAAGUGAAUUUGUUAAGCACCAAAGCAGACUUCUCCCACUGAAUGUGGUCCAACAGCUUAUCCACUGGUGUGAUCCCAACAACUUGGUUAAUUUAACUCAGUUCGAUAUCAAAAAACAAACUUCUCACGUUUGGCAAUCAGUCUAUAUGUUACAAGCUGUGGAACAAGAUACUCCUAGACUGGUCAAACGUGCUAUCAUCAACAAUUUGAACAAACUCUACCUUACUGAGGAGUUGGAAAGCAAAGUAUUACAGGGAUUGUUGGAUGCUGUAGAAGGCACAAGACAAUGUUUUGAAACAAAAGCAAACGAUCCUGAAUAUGCUCUAGAUAAGUUGAACACCAGAAAUUUUGACUCUUUCCAGCAUUUUGUACAAGAUUUAUUCGAGAAAGCCGUUGAAAGAGAAAAGAAAGAAGAAGAGAAAACCGGCAGAAGCAGGUCGAACUCAAUUUUGGUUGAACUUGACGAAAAUGAUUAUGAAACAGAGAAGUCUUUAGUCAAAGAAGAAGAAGCAGAUGCGAGUGUAAAGGAUGACGUUAACGAUGGAGAAGAUGCCGACCAUGAAAAAGCAGACACCACUGAAGUCAAAAGUGAAGAUGAAAAUGAAGACCAAGACGAUGAAGAUCAGACUAAGAAAGACGGAUUGAAUAAAUCCCUAGAAGAAAUUGAUGCUAUGCUAGACGAAGAAGAUGAAGUAGAAUACGACAUAAGUAUGGAAGAAUCCUAG